GCCUCAGAUUCUUAUAGGCAGACCAUAACAGAAGGAAGACAGUCGUUCCUUCUAUAUCAUGGUUACGGUUGUCUUGUAAAGCGAUCGGCAUUUUCCCCGCAUCUAAUGUCAAGAAUACGACCUCACUUGAACAUCGAUAAUUGAAGGAUCAGGAUCUCUCCACUGCCACACUAUACUGCAGUGCAGUCUUCAAGGUUAAAAGGACUAGACUCUCCUGAAGCAAGUGUCUAGGGAUUUCUCUUCCCUGGGUCAAGAGAGUGUGUCACAAUGUCGGCUCCCCCUCCCCUCCCCCCUGGUCUCAACUAUAUUGCUGCAAUCCAACCGGCACUGAUCGACAUCAUGAUCGGGCACACUUUUACGGUCAUACUCGUACCCCUCCUCAUUGCAAUGUUCUACUUCUCGAACAAGCAUUCGCGGAGACAGCCCAUAUUUAUUCUCAACGUCUUAAAUGUGUGCCUCGCGUUUUCUGUCGGUAUAAUGGGAGACAGUAGAGCUGUAAAUACCAUGCUAUCACCGACACAACCAUACCCUGUGUCCUAUGACAUAAUCAUGGGCGUUCUUGGGGCGGUGCAGGCCAUCCUUGUUGACACUAUCCUACUCUUUCGCAUAUGUUCCGUUUAUCCGCCGAGAUAUCUCAUAUGGCAACGCUUUGCGGCGUUGGUUACACUGCCCGUACUGCUCAAAGUUGCCCGUGUUAUCAAUCUGUUUCUCUUUAUAGCAGCUCUAUCAAGAGUAGCCAAAGGACCCAAUGGGGAAGCAGCUCUAGGAGCACUAUGGGUAUCAGCUCCGUACCUCAAGAUUGAGUGGUUCGCACAGUUGGUGGAUAAUAUAUAUGCGUCCUCUGUAUUCCUCUGGACACUCUGGUCAAAGCGGAAGAAUAAGCGUGGCUCUGUCACGGGCAAUGCCAAGUUUUCGUUGAGAUCGAGACUCCGGACGUUAUUUUGGAUCGCGCUCUCAAACUUUACCAUUCCUGCGCUCUUUUCGGUCGCUCAGAUCAUUGUCAUUUACCGCGAAGUAAACCCAAUAAUCAUCAACCAAAUCAUUCUGGUGAAUACCUCAAUUGCCGUUAUCGGCGUCGUCUUCGCCACAAUCUGGGCGGGUUCGGUCAACAGACAGAUCGCUCAUUCGGACGUCAAACUUCCUGCGGAUGUCGAGAACUCUGGCUCGAAGGAAGGCGUGAUACAUUUUGCCACUCGUGGCACCUAUGCUACCCAAGAUGGAAUACAUACGGCCUAUCAGCUUCCAACAAUCCCCCGUCUUCAACAAUCUAUUUCUGAUGAAUUCGGAAAAAGUGACUCGGAGAGAUAUGACUCAGGCUUUUCGUUGAAGUAAAAACGAGCUCGAGCUAUGGGUCCUUGUGGCGCACUCAAUUCCAUCAACAUCUUUCCGAUGAACAAUAAUGAAUGAUUGCCUCAGCUAGUUGUUUGGGUUGCAUGUCAAAGCAGCGAUGUUCUUGCAAUAUGAUUUUAAUAACAUGGAGCAAUCUGGGGGUGCGCUGUAGCCUGGAAUGACGGAUGAUUGAUCACCAUUGCCA